GGGAGGCGCGGUGGCGGCGCCGGCCCCCGGCCCUGACUCCGGCGGGCAGGAACGGGCGCUGCCGCCCUGUAAGGCUGCUCGGCUGCGCCGAGGCUCCGCGGUGGCCGCGCCCUCUGCUCCGCUGUGGGGGCAGCCGGGCGGGUCGGGGAGAGGGAGCGGCGCACACCGAGCUCGGGAGGCGGCUGCGGGGAGCGGAGCCCUGUCCCGGCCACCGCGGGAGGCCAGAGGGAGACGGGGGCCCAGCGAGGAAGGCGAGGAUAAAUGGGUGUGUAUGACUUUUCCCCUGAUCUAAAGCGGUUCCAUGUCUUGUUUGGACUGCUCCUGUAUUCUGCGUACACCAGUUGAAUCAAUCAGACCAGAAGAGCUAUCUCAGAGCAGCACCCAUGAAUGUCUGGCAGAUUCUGAUCUAGCCUGGAUUCCCCCAACUACAGGAAAGAAUGAAAUGGUAUUUUGCUCUUCUAAUGUCUCUCAUUAUGAACUCCAGCUGGAAAUAGGAAGGAGGUUCAACAAUCUAACUUCAGUCUACCUUGCACGGCAUACACCUACAGACAGGCAAGUUGCUGUAAGGAUCACAGACCUUGAAAAUUGCUCUGAAGAGCACUUGAAAGCCUUACAGAAUGAGGUGGUUUUAUCACACUUUUUCCAGCAUCCCAACAUAAUGACAUUUUGGACAGUGUUUACAGCUGGAAGCUGGCUUUGGGUCAUCUCCCCAUUCAUGGCCUAUGGUUCAGCUAGACACCUGCUGAAGACUUACUUUCCUGAAGGAAUGAGUGAAGCUUUGAUAGGGAACAUUCUGUUUGGUGCAAUCAGAGGAUUAAAUUACAUGCACCAGAAUGGAUAUAUUCACAGGAAUAUUAAAGCUAGCCACAUUCUGAUUUCAGAGGAUGGGCUGGUUUCUCUCUCUGGCCUAAACAACCUCUACAGUUUAGUUAGCAAUGGACAGAAGUCAAAGGUGGUGUAUGAUUUCCCCCAGUUUAGUACAUCUGUGCUUCCUUGGCUGAGUCCUGAACUACUGAGACAGGAUUUGUAUGGCUACAACAUGAAGUCUGACAUUUACAGCGUGGGGAUUACAGCAUGUGAAUUAGCCAAUGGACACGUUCCAUUUCAGGAUAUGCCUCGCACUCAGAUGCUGCUGCAAAAGCUGAAAGGUCCCACCUACUGUCCUUGGGAUAUAAAUACAUUUCCCCGGGGGGAAUCCAGGAUGAAGAAUUCCCGAUCAGGUGUUGAUUCUGGAAUUGGUGAGAGCAUGACACGCACAAUGACCAGUGAAAGACUUCAAAUGCCCUUUUCCAAAACAUUUUCACCUGCUUUCCACAACUUGGUAGAACUUUGCUUGCAACAGGACCCUGAGAAAAGGCCAUCAGCAAGCAGUUUGCUUUCGCAUACGUUCUUCAAACAGAUAAAGGAACAAACACAGAAUUCACUACUGUCCCUAUUACCACCUCCUAUUCAAAAUAACAGAUCAGAGUUCUUGGCACUGCCCUCAACAGCAGUUGGGACUGAACUUGGACAUAUUGCUACAAAUCAAGAUGAUACAGACUGGGAAUUCUAAAUAAAUACCAAUGAUACCUCUCCAGUGUUUUAGAGAAGGGAAAAUGUGAUUUGUAUUUGCUGCUUUUGUAUGAUUAAAAUACAGUUAGACCAAGUAUACUUGAAAUGCCAUGAAGUGGCUAUAAUUCAUUAACUUCCUCUUGGCAUCACAAAAUGCAGCGUGCCUCACUCUCUGACUGUAAGGAAAACUGUGUAUAAAGAAUGGCUGAGUGCUCACCUCUCUCUUUCAAAGUCUUCCUUAACAAGAGAGUCGCUGCUGUAAUCCUACUCUGUACUGUAUUAUCAGCUCACAGUGCUGCAGUCCACAUGCCUUUCUGAAUUCAGGCCUGGGGUUUGGCUGUGAUCUUACCUAAACAUCUAUUUGUCUUUUCAUUAUGACCCAAAUAAUUUUAGUAAGGAGAAAUCCUCCACUUCCAAGUUGAAAUGUGAAACUGCACAGAUUACCUGCCUAUGUAAAUAAAUGUUUCUCUAUCAAAAGACAUUUUUCUCACUUGACAUGCUGUCAUAUUUGCCAAAAGUUAGGUAUGCAUCAUUUUUCAUGCAGUUCUAAUACUGUGUGUUUCCCAAAGAAGCUGCUUGGAAGUGGGACUCCUGCUAUUGCAUCUGUUCAUGUUUUCAGUACAAAUCUGGGCUUUUGCACCUCUGUUUAUUGUUGUGUCAUUUUAGCAGUUAAUCUGAGGAUGUCUCGCUAUGCAAAAUAAGUCUCAAGUUCUAUUUUGAAGAGUCAUAUUAAAUAAUCUAAAGUUACUGUACAUAUUUUUAUUUAUACUGUAUUCCUGUUCACCACCAGAAUUUACCAGAAUCUAAUACUGUUUUCUUAGAAGAAAAAGGCAACAUGCAUUAAGCUUCGCUGCCACUGCUGCUGUCAAACAAGCCUCUUCUGCAAGGCACAGUUAAAUUCCUGUGGAUCAGUUCAGCCAUACUAGGAUCCUAGUGAAUUUCCCUGUUCUAAGUCAGAUGAAAAUCUCUCUUCUCCCUACAAUUCAGUACAUUCUCACCUCUCAUACUGUACCAGGCAACUCAAACUGAACAAAAGCAGCUUUUUUCUUUUAAAAACCUGGAUAUUCUCAUAGUGUUGUAGGAAAAGUUGUGUCCCAAAGCCACUAGUACUUCACUGAUGGAAGCAUGAUGGUGGUAAAAAAGUAUAAAUAGAUAUUGGAUGGAUAUAUUUUAAAUUUUCAACAUAAACAGCAUUCCACAUAAGUCUUCAAGUCUUCCAUGGCUGAGCAGGCCUGUAGCCACCUUUGAGAAUGCUGCUGCAUUGCCAGCAGCUUUACUACAAGGCCAUGAAGACUAAAUGACUCAAAUACAAGCCUGAGAGACACAAAAUUCUAAUAAAAGUAUCAGCAAAAAAGUUGAUUCUACUCAUUAUGCUGUGAAGAGAGCUCUAUAUUCCUAAACUUAACAUGUGACACUUGAGAUUAAGGAUUUAUCAAUAUACUUACCCUAUCUGCCUCCAUUUAUAUCUGUAAUUCUUGGACUUCUGUUUUCACCAUAGUCCAGCCAUACUAACAGCUUCUUGUUACUACAGGGGGAAAAAAUCAUGUCUAUGUCAAUCGUUAGGUAAGGAAAUAGCUGUUGAAACUAGAAAAUUAUUCUGAUUAAAAAAUAUGAAUAACUUAAUUGUGUACUCUUGGAGAAGAUACUAUUUUCAUGCGAACCCCAUGUUCUUCAAUCUUAGCCAUUAUAGAUUUGGACUGUUUGCAAGUUGAACACAUUAGAUAGCAUCUACAAGUAGCUUUUGACUAAAAAGCUACUUGUAAAAAGCAAGUCAAAUAUGUGAGAAGACAUGUGAAGUUCUACAUAUUUUAAUAACAGACCUCUGAAUAAAUAUUACUACUAUUAAAACCCGUAGAAAAUUUCAGGCAGCUUAACUGCUAGUAUUUUCAAGCUUCUCUUGCAACUCUAUAAAAAUGAACUUGGAUACUAUUAACAAUGUUAGUACAAAGUUAUUCAAACCACUUUGCUGCCCUCUCUGUGGAAAAAAAAUUAAAAACAUUUCUAAACGCUUCCAAUUUCUGUACUGACGUUAAGAAGAAAAUCAAAUUUUUUUAAGUUAAAAGCCCACAAGUCUUUACUCUUAGAACUAGUGCUUCUCAACAACUGUGUCUCUUCAAACAAAAGCAAUUAAGAGGCACUGUGACUUCUUACAAUAACCAGAAAUACUUGAAAAUACUCCCUGGAUUAUAUUUACUGAAAGGUUUUAUAUAAUUUUGCUCAUUAACUGUGAUGCUUUCUAUUAAGGAAUAAAGCAAAAUAAAUAUUAGUUAGGAAAGAAGAUGUAUAAUCAUCUUUUUAAGGUUUCAACUACCUGCCACUGAAAAGAUGAUCUGGGAAACAAUUGUUCUGAAAAUCUGAAGUUUUUGCAUACAAUUAAGUUUUCAAAAUAUGAGGUUGAUGAUCUGCAUUGUUAAGAUUCAAGUUGCAGAGACUUUCUAUUCCAAGCUGACAGUUUUAAGCACAAUAGUUUUUUGUUGGGUUGUGGUUUUUUUCAGAAUACUUGUUUACUCUUGCUCAUACCAAUGAUUUGUGUUACCAGCAUAUGAAUUAGAAUUAAACUUGGACUUGAAAUUUCCCAGUA